AUUUUAUUGUGUAUUAUUGCAGAUCCAUUUUCACAUCCAUUUUUGGAAAGGGCUGUACAUGAUAGGGACUUCUCGGCACCUGCCUCAGUAUCUCCAGUAGAAAAGACGGCAGCUUUCUGGAAAUCUAGCGCACAACAGGCAAUUUCCAACAAACUUAAAACAAUCAACUACAAUACAGGUAAGGCCAAAAAUAUUAUACUAUUUAUGGGAGAUGGAAUGUCUCUUCCAACUGUGACAGCGAGCAGAAUAUAUAAAGGGCAAAAUGAGGGACGUUCGGGAGAAGAACAACAAUUAUCCUUUGAGCAGUUUCCUUUCAUGGGGCUGUCCAAGACUUACUGCGCUGAUUCACAAGUUACUGAUUCCGCAGCUUCGGCAACCGCUUACUUAACAGGGGUUAAAACAAAUUAUAAUGCCGUAGGAGUUAGCGCAGCGGUAACAGUGAGAGACUGCGCCGCCAUGUUGGAUGAGAAUAACCAUGUGUCAUCCAUUGCGGAAUGGGCUCAGAACGCUGGAAUGAGAACCGGACUUGUAACUACCGCUAGAGUUACCCAUGCAUCACCUGCACCCCUCUACGCUCACUCUUCCUACCGAAAUUGGGAGUCAGACACCGACAUCCUAAGGGAUGGAGAAGAUCCAAGGGUAUGUCGCGACAUCGCAUCACAAAUGAUAUUCAACAACGUUGGGCAAAAGAUGAACGUCAUCUUCGGAGGUGGAAAAUCCGAAUUUUUUAACCAAACUGCAAGUGACGAAAACGGCAAUGCGGGUUAUCGAUCAGAUGGUGUGAACCUAAUAGACACGUGGAAAAACCUCAAGGCCCAGUCUGGUAGCUCCUAUGCCUACGUUUACAACCGAGAAGGCUUACUUAAUUUGACUAACGAAGACCAUGUUCUGGGUUUGUUUACCAGCGAUCAUAUGAAUUACGAAUUGGACAGAAAUGCAGAUACUGAGCCUUCUGUCGCGGAAAUGACGGAAGCAGCUAUCAAGCUUCUUUCGAAAGGGGACGAAGGAUUCUUCCUGUUCGUUGAAGGUGCAAGAAUAGACAUGGCCCAUCAUAAUCUACUUGCUGUGAAAGCCCUGGCCGAAACGGUUGCAUUUUCUAAAGCGGUCAGUGUCGCAGAAAACUUAACCAAUUCCGAGGAAACGUUAAUUGUCGUCACAGCCGAUCAUGCUCACACAAUGACCAUAAAUGGGUAUCCCAGUAGAGGUAACGAUAUAAAAGGAAUAUCUGGUGCAGCCGAUGAUGGUUUACCUUAUCUUACCUUGAGUUAUGCCAAUGGAGUAUACAACGGAUUGGACUCGAACAGCGGAAGACACAAUUUAACUGGAGACCCAGCUUUAGGAACUAAGGACUACGUAUACCCCGGUAUGGUAUAUAGAAGAAGUGAAACUCACGGUGGUGACGAUGUGGGAAUUUUUUCGAAGGGUCCGUGGGCACACUUGUUAACCGGUGUUAAUGAACAAAAUGUCAUCCCGCAUGUAAUGGCGUAUGCAGCAUGCAUUGGAGAUGGCGAUACCAUGUGCGUUUCCGGAUCAGAGAAUACUAUGAGUCAUAUGUCUGUCUCCUUAUAUGUCGUGGUACUUUCUUUAGCAAUAUAUUUUGGCUUUUAAUAAAGUAAAUAAAUAAGGAAUCUCUAAAAUAA